UCACAUCAUUUAUAUAUCUUUUGGCCCCUUCCUCUGUCAGCAAACUCUGACAUCUGUAUCAUCCCUGCCAUUGCGCCCUCCCAUUCCCGCUGGCUUUUGCAGCAGCACUCAAAAUGGCAGACGCAUUUGCUCCUGGCGCAGGACUUUGUUUUAUCGCGAGAGAACAGUUCACCAAAAAGGACGAGUGGCCGGUAGCUGCGGGAGGCUAUGGACAGGUGUUCCAGUGCACCAUGCAGCCUCCAGCGGGUCCAGAGGUUUUGGUGGCUGUUAAGGUUCUGUUACAUAUUACCGACGAUGUUUCCAGCAAGCGCGCGCGUCGUGAAAUGAAAUUAUGGAUGGAAGCACGACAUGAGAAUAUUGUCCCUAUGCUCGGUGUCACGGACGGAUUUUCCAAAGAAGCCCUCGCGAUGGUCUCUCUGUGGAUGGAAGGAGGAACCCUUGCACGAUAUCUCGAAGUCCACAAAGAAAAAAUUCCUUACAGAAAAAAAUUGCAUUUGCUUAGGGAUAUUGCUAGUGGCCUGGCGUAUCUACACUCUCGUCGGAUUGUUCAUGGCGACCUCACCCCUAAUAAUAUUAUGCUCGAUGACAAUGAAAGGGCAUUGUUAAUCGACUUUGGAUUGUCAAAUGUGCUUGGGGGCAUCGCUGGUAGUUGUCUCACGCCCUCCCCAGCACUACCAGGGGCGGUGCGAUUUGCCGCACCAGAAUUACUCUGUGUACAUACUGGAGAGGGUCUACCGGUCGACAACCAACAACCGAUACCGGAUAUGCACAGUGAUAUUUACUCCCUUGGCUGUGUGAUGCUCAACGUCCUCACGGAACAGCAGCCAUGGUAUCGCUAUCACUGUGAUGGAUGGGCUAUUCUUGCGGCCAUUUAUGGGAGGCAGCCAGUUCCCAUUCCCGACCAUAGCCAUCUAUCUGAGAAGCACAAGCAGUUUAUCCGCAAGUGUACUUCGGCUCGGGCUGAGGGGAGACCUUCAAGUCAAGAUGUCGUUGUUUUUCUCGAAGAAGAGCUACGUAUUAAAAACACCGCGGCUCCUAUGCACAAACUAGACACGAAGAUACCACGCCAAGUUCCUUUGGAUUCCAUCCAAAUGCCGAACGCACAUCCAUUCAGUCAAUACGAAAGUGACAACGUCAGCCCUAACACCCUCCAUUCUGCAUUGUCAUACGCAACCUGCCUAACGUCACUGCGACUUGAUUUCCCUAAUGCAGCAUAUUCGAUCACCCCGAUCACCCCGAGAUGUCCUCUGGGGCUCAGCGAUGAAUCUCUGACAAGCCAGUCGCCACUGUUUGCAGCAUUUCCUUCACGAACUCGCCAUUCUUCGACCGCGACGGUGCGACCAAACCCAAAUGCUCCAGAUCUCACUGCGGAAGCGCCUACCGAGGUACCAAACAGUAACAGUCCACCGGUCCCCGUCAAUUCGCCGAGCAGAGAGUAUACUAUUGUCAUUGCCGGAGCCAUCGGUUCCGGGAAAAGUUCCCUCGUCAAUCUUCUGUCUGGGACACCUGAGCCUGUUGCUCCCACGUCAAACGAUGUCGGGCGUUGCACUACAAAGUGGAAGGACUACCCCAUUUCCUUCCGCGGCACCGCCUAUAAGGUCUUUGAUACUGUUGGUUUGGCAAGCAGUAAUUGUACUCCUCUGGAGCCCAAGGCGCGAUCGGGCGCAAUGGAGAAGUAUGCAAAACAGCAGAUCAAGGCGAUACACGACCAGGGCGGUAUCGACUUGUUGUUGUUCUGCGUGCCGAGCAGAAACUUCCAUGUGGAAACAGUGCUCAAUGAUUAUCGGAGGCUCGAGGGCGAAUUGCAAGGAAGACAAGUACCCGUCGUCCUUGUCAUCACUCACCUGGACGAGCCGCUCACUUUCGAGAGCUGGUGGUCCAAAAAUUCGCCGGGGGCUCGAGAUCAAAUGCAAUCCAUUGCCGACCAUAUUUGCAUCACUUCGAUCCACGCCAAAUAUCUCGAGCAGUCCCGUAACCAUAUCUUCCGGAAGAUUGCGCACUAUUGCUCCGAGGUACGGGAGUUGUAGCAUCAUAAAAGCCAGUCUUCGUUGCCUUCACAGAUCCGCAAAUUCGUCCGUAGG